AUGGUGGUGCCGUUGGGUCUUUGUACCAGAAACAAGUCAGUGAAACGACUGCUACUCCAGUCCCUCGAGUCGUUCAAGGGCUUCAGGAACGACUUCUCCGGCAGUGGUGGAAGAUAUGUGUUCUUGUACCACGUGGGCGAUAGCGAGCGACAGGAGGAACGCAAUGACGAUGGGGAAGUUCGCGGCCAGUAUGCCUUUGUCGCUCCCGAAGGAGACGAAUACCAUUUCAAGUACGACGCUGACAAGGACGGCUACCGCGUCGAGAGCGAGGCCUUGCCGGAAGCCCCCGAGGACACCGAGGACGUCAAGAGAGCCAAGGAAGCCUUCUUUCUGGCCUACAAGAAGGCCCUCGAACUCGCCGAAGGAGAUGACUACGAGUACUCAGAGGAGAGCCACGAGUCCAACGAGGAGGAGUCUAGCGAGGAGUCGGACGAGGACGACGAGGAAUCAGGCGAGGACGAGGACGAGGACAGCCAUCAGAGACUCUUCCAAGGGACUACGAACUUCGAGACACGCUUCCCAUACCCAUACAUUACCAAGUAAAUCUCCAGUUAAAGGAACCGAACCUCAGGACUUAUCCAAUCUGAUCAUACCUAUAUAGUCUGUCCAGCAUCCUCCUAGCCAGCCGUUUUCCAAUCUCCUAGCCAGCCGUUCUCCAAUCUCCUAGCUAGCCCCUCGCCAAUCUCCUAGCCAGCCAUAUUUCUUUACAAUUGAAUAUCGAAUAAACGAAAAGAUUUUCCCGUUUUCCUUCAGAGACAAUACCCGACUUUAGGUAAAAGUUAUGGGUAAAAUCUCUGAACUAUUUUCUUAUUAUAUAUUUAUAGAGAAAUAUUUAUUUAUAAAAUUAUAUUAGAAACUGCCAUGACUGUUGUAUGAAUGUGUUUGAGUGCGUGAAUGAGGAAUGUAUAAUAAUAUUGCUUUUGUAAUAAAUAUAAAUGUUA